UUCAUUCGCUUAUCGCUUUUUCAUGUCUGCGUGAAAUCGUGUGCGAAAUCGCGAGUGUUUAUAAAAUCGGAUUUUUCCAUCCAGAUUUCAUUGAAUUGUUACAAAUUGCUGUGAAUUUAAUUCGGUACCAUCCACUGCUGCGUUUCCACCUAAAUGUAACGCAACAUAGUUUGCGUUUCAACUAAUAUUCCGGGUGUACCAACAGUAGGAAAUCGAAAACAGCAACAGGAUGACCGUCGAUGUAGAGUCCGCCUCCGGAACGGGGCACAACAAAAUCCGUUGUUUCUUCGACAUCACCCUGGGCGGACUGCCAGCUGGACGAAUCGUGUUCGAACUGUUUCCGGAUAUUGCCCCGAAAACUUGCGAGAACUUCCGAUCGCUUUGCACCGGGGAGAAGGGCACUGGCCAGAAGACCGGUAAACCGUUGCAUUACAAGGGAAUAAUAUUUCACCGUGUGGUGAAGGAUUUUAUGAUUCAGUCCGGAGAUUUCUCUAAUGGGAAUGGAACUGGAGGUGAAUCGAUUUACGGAGGAACGUUUGAUGAUGAAGCUUUUACUUUAAAGCACGACAAACCGUUUCUGCUUUCCAUGGCAAACCGUGGAAAGAAUACAAACGGUUCGCAGUUCUUUAUUACAACGCAACCUGCACCCCAUCUCGAUAACGUUCAUGUUGUCUUCGGACAUGUCGUUUCCGGUCAUGAUUUAGUGCGACAGCUGGAACAGUUGCCGGUCGAUCGAAACUCUCGUCCGCUUCAGGACGCCGUCGUUGCCAACUGUGGCGAAUUGGUCCGCCAGGUGAAAGAGAAAAAAGAAAAGAAGAAAAAGAAAUCAAAAUCAAGCUCUAGUGACGAUUCAGAAGCAGAAGGGUCUAAAAAGCGAAAGAAGGAAAAAAAGAAGAAGAAGGACAAAAAGUCAAAGAGUGAAAAAGAAGACAAAAACGGAAGCAAUCUAGAGGAAGGCGAGUUGAAGGACGAUGGCGAGGCACAUCCAAUGACGACUGUGACCAAGAUUGAUCCAAAUGAGAUACCUGAGGUUUCGAACAAAUAUUUAAUGCGCGGUGAUGGACGGAAGCGGUACAACGAGGACAAGAGCGACGAUGAGGAGGAUGAUGACAGAGGACGCGGAAGACGACGUGAACGAGAUAGAUCCCGAGAGCAGCGUGGAUUUGGAUGGUCCAAAAAGCGGGUACCAGUUUCGAAAAGUGGGCGAGUCAUCAAAGGACGUGGCAAUUUUCGCUAUCGCACUCCAUCGCGUUCAAGGUCAAGAUCGCGCAGUUUCACUCCUAUCCACUGGAAAAUUGCCCAGAAAAGAACAAUCAAAAUGACGGAUUUGGAAAAAAUCGAGGACGAAAAGCGUCAAAGAGAAGGCGAGAUCAAGCGCCGGGAAUCAGAGCGCAAAAAACGUCACGAGGAAAUGGCCAAAGAUGCCUCGAAGAAAUCGUUCUUCGAGUUGAACCAGGAGAAGGAUCAACAGGCGCAAACCCACGAUGAUCGAAGCGAUGAUGGUGCAGAUGACGGAAAGAAGGAUGACUCCGAAAAGCCCAUCGAUAUGAAUGCACUGGACUAUGAACAUCAAGGGACCUUUUCCGACGACGAAGCGGCAAAGAAUCCUCGCAAUGAAACGAUCGCUAGAGCUUUUGGUUUGGACACCAAAAAGACUAAGGAAAGUGAUGAGAUCAUUGUGAAAGAAACACAAGUUUUGAUAACUGAGAGUAUUGAAAAAUUCGCCAGCAAGAAGAGCGAAAUUGAGCACAAAAGGGAUGACAGAGAGCGAUCUCGUGAAAGGAAGAGAGAUGAUCGUAGGCGAGACAGUUCUAGGAGUCGUUCAAGGGAUCGCAAUCGUGAUGCAUCUAGAAGUCGAUCUAGAGAAAGAUAUCGUUCCUACAGAGAUCGUUCACCAGUGCCAUAUCGUCGAGGUGGAGGAAGACAGUUCGUAGGACGUUGGAACCAAAGGCGCGGUUUCUUCUCUCCACGUGGAAGAGGAGGACGUUUCGAUCGCAACCGUCGUUCUCGAAGCUACGAUCGCAAACGGUCCUCGGGCCGUUAUCGCCGAGAUCGAUCACGGUCGCGUAGCUACGAUCGUAGAAGUAGAAGCCGCUCUGAUUCUCGCCGCAGAGACAGACGCCACAGUAGUGAUUCUCGUUCUCGAUCGCGUUCAAAAAAAUCGGACCGGAAGUCGUCUCCAGAACCUCAACGGCAGAAAUCUCCAGAGCCUAAAGUUCAACCGGUCAAACAGGAGCCAACAGAAGAGGAAAAGGCGCGUCUACAGAAGGAGAAGAUGCUGAAGCGCGCUGAAACACUUCUUCUGCUCAAGAAUCAUAUGGAGAAAGAGAUCGAAGAACAACGGAAAGCACGAGAGAAGCAAAAGCAAAAGGAGGAAAAGGAGAAACUUGAGGCAGCAUUGGAAAUCGCUCAGCUCGAAAAGCUUAAGAAGGAAACAAUCGAAAAAUUGCAAGCGCACGACAGCAUGAAACUAGUUGCAGCUCAGAAGAUUCUGGAAACGGUGGUUUCAACCGUGAAAGCCAAAUCAUCUUCCAGAGGCACGAGCAAGAAGAAGCAACAUCGACGUAGGAGUAGCUCCUCUAGCUCGUCAUCGUCAUCAUCCAGUGGCGACAGAUCGCGCAAGAAGAAACGCGAUAAGAAGAAGAAAAGUCGCCGUCGUUCGUCAUCAUCAUCAUCUUCGUCCUCCUCAGAUUGAAUCAUAGCUUACGGAGGACAUAAAAGGUAAUAGUUUCUGGUAAUCUUAUCAUCAAAGUAGCAUUUAGCGUACCUUUCAAGUCUUACUCUAGGGUUUACUUUAAACACUCUUCACUAUCCUAUAACGCUAAUGCAGAUUCAAUUGGUUAUGUGAUUUGCUAUGAUAAAA